AUCCGUGUAAUUGUCAUACCCCGUGCACUUUUUAUUUACCUGUAUACGUCAAAUGAGACAUUUCUAUAAUAUAAAUUUAAGAAAACUUCCCGUUUUGUAAUAUUGCAGCUUUACACGCUAAUAAACAAGGAAAAUAGCCAUGCACAGCGGUUCCACCGGGAAGGUCCAUCCGUCGCAAGGUCAAGAGCAACAUACUGAGCAGGAUGGGGAUAUUGGUUGCUGUGGAUACAUUUUGAUGGCAUUUUCCUACAUUCUUGUUGCAUUGUUUUUCCCACUUUCCCUUUGUUUAACAAUUAAGGUGGUGCAAGAGUAUGAGAGGGCAGUCAUUUUCAGACUGGGGCGAGUUUUACCUGGAGGAGCCAAAGGCCCAGGAUUAUUUUUCAUCUUGCCUUGCAUUGAUGACUUUAAGAAAACUGAUAUGAGAACCCUUACAUAUGAUGUGCCCCCACAAGAAAUCCUUACAAAAGACUCUGUCACUGUAGCUGUGGAUGCCGUUAUUUAUAUCAGAAUCUUUGAUGCUACCAUGGCAACAGUCAAUGUCUCUGAUGCUUACCAGUCCACCCGUCUGUUAGCUGCUACCACAUUAAGAAAUGUCCUUGGAACCAGGCUUAUGGCAGAGCUUUUGACUGAUAGAGAAUCCAUUGCCUCAAACAUGAAGGUACAACUUGAUGAAGCUACAGAUCCCUGGGGUGUCAAAGUAGAGAGAGUUGAGAUUAAAGAUGUCCGCCUCCCCAUCCAGUUACAGAGAGCUAUGGCAGCCGAGGCAGAAGCAUCCAGAGAGGCCAGGGCUAAGAUUGUUGCUGCUGAAGGAGAACAGAAGGCGUCGCGUGCGCUGAAAGAAGCCGCUGAUGUCAUGAUGGAGUCUCCGGCCGCCAUUCAACUCCGUUACCUGCAGACUCUUAACUCCAUCGCAGCAGAGAAGAACUCGACCAUUAUUUUCCCUCUGCCUAUUGAUCUUUUAUCAUCUGUUGGUUUUCCAAAACGGGAUGUAACACAAUUCUGAUCUGGAUUACGGAUCAUAAAUAUGAAGCAUGCAUGCCCACUUAUUAUUAUAAUUAAAGGUAUAUUCACUGCAGAAGCCUUCAUUCAUAUCUGAGGCGCAAUAUACAUCUAACUUGACAAAUUUAUAUUACUUGAAUUUAACAAUGAUUACCAAUUUGUGAUAUAAGAUUGAGACAUUACUUGUUUCCAUCAUAUUUGUUUCAAUUGAUGGACUUUAAUUUGAAUAGGAUCAAUUUGAAUAGGAUCAAGUACCCACAUACCAAGCCUAUCCUGUUAUAUGCAAGUGUAAUUCAGGAUACUCAUAUAAUCCUUGGAAAUCAUCCAUGUCUUGAGAAUCAAUCUAAACCAAAGUCAGUGAUGUUCUGAGUGCCUAUAGUGGUCAUUUAAUUUGCCCCCUAAACUUGGAAGCGAUAUUAAUGCUCCUUUUGCUUGCAUCUUUUUUUUCCCAAUUGAGAAAAAGUUUUAUAGCAAGGUUUUUUUUUUUUCCAGAUGAUAUUAAUAACUAUGAUAUCUAGAGAUAUUCAUUAAGUCUUUCAGGUUUUCUAUGUAUUUUUUUUAAAUUUUUUAUUGUAUUUCAUAUUUUUGAAAUGGAUCCAUGAAAUACUAAAUUGUGCAGGUUUCCCCAAUAGCAGGUUGAAAACAGGAUUUGUGGCACGUUAUGUAGUUAUGUAUCUAUUACCUCUUGUUAUUCAAGACAUGGACAUUCUUAUAAAACACUGGUCUUGUAUUGUCUCUCAUAAGUGUAUGCUCUCGGAUAAACUGAAUCCAAUGUAGUUUCUCUGACUUCAGUAGGGAAAAGAACUUAAACUUGGUCCCAGAUGUUGAUUUUAUACUCUUGAAUGUAAUGAUGCCCUAUUACUGGCAUCCUUUGUUGUGUAAACUAUUUUUGUAACUCUGUAAAUUCUUUGAUUUGAAAAUAAAAAAUUAAAAUGUCAAAAGAUUGUGAA